UCUGUGUGCACUAAUUGGUGAAAAACCCAAAAACCUAACUUUACAGCGCCCAUCUCAGAGCAACUUAAAUCUUCUCUGCACUAUGUAGCAAUUUCCCCUUGAGAUCAAUAAAAUAUAUGAUGUCCUAGUUUAUUCUAAAAGGUUUUUGAGAAUUUAGUUGCAUCAUAAUAGAUGAAUGUCACAAAACUGUGAUUGAAACUUUUUUUUGGGCAUACACAAGCCAUGUGAUUAACACCAGGAUGUUUCUACUGGCAGAAACGACAAAGAAGAUGACAGGAAGUGGUUGAAACUUUUUGUCACAAUUUAUAAAAAGUGGAGUAGAAUCCAGUGCUCUUCUGUAAAAUGGCCGACUAUAAUUUCCCCAAAACGUUUGUCACUCCAGCACCUCAAUGUUUCCUCUGAAAAUGUCAUACAACUGUUUAUAUUCGACACUUUCGUUAUUUUUAAGAACUUAUCACGUUUAAUUUAAUCUCUUAUUUAAGAGCAACGCCGCAAAUCUGUGUCGUUCUUAGACAAAUACUUGUAGUGUUUAUUUCCCCGCGCUCGCUUGUCGUUUUUCCACUCUUGCUUGAGAGCAGACGGCGCUCUGGCAGCCAGCUGCGCCCCACGGCAGCCCUCUGCUGCCCAGCUGCACCUUUGCCUCCAUCUCUGCUCCCUCUGCCAGAGGGACUCAUCUGCACUGCAGUUGGCCGUGUUUUUUUGGUUACGAGAGUAAAAAACGGGAGCCAAAGCAUCAUCUGCCCCCUCAACAUGGACACCAUUAGCCGAUCCUCCUUCACUCCCAUCUUCUGAUUUACAUUUUUGUUGCUGACUUCACUCAGGUUGAAGCAGGUUGUGAUAUAAAGGUCUAACCUGAGGACGGAUUGUUUGUAGUUAUUGUUGUGUUGGCUCUGGCCCGCUGCGUCCUGCGCUCUCUGUGGCUCAGCGGGCAGCCACCUGGAGCGUUUGAUGUGAAGUAGGUGAGGUGGAAACGAGCUGAGGAGAGAUGGGAGGGAGCCGAGCGCGUGGCAUCACGCUCCAGAGCUCCGCUAAAGCUCCCGACAUCAGUGGUGGCGAAGCCAGAGAGGAGGAAAGAGAAGUCUGGGUGUUUAGAUACUCUUAUAAUGAAACGUUCAUUUCAAAUUCAUUGUUUUGAAAUGCGAUUUUACAUUGUUUUGGUUUAAAUGGAAAAAAAAACAGUAAAAUGUUUCCCUUAAAGGGACAGUAACGUAUAAACUAAUUUCAUUUUACAUCAUGUUGCAAUGUUAAUUCCUAGAGUGUUUGAUUCUUUCAUGCAUGUUUGAGAAACCUUUAAUCUUUAUGGCAACCAUUCAGCUGUGAAACGCCUGGUUAGACUUAGCCCCGCCUUCGAGGCGCAGCUCCUCCUCCACUCAGCUCCUUCAGACUAGCCAGCAGCAAUUAGCAAACAUCUGGUGUUAGCUGAGCUUGUUAUAUGAGGAGUGCUGGUAAAAAAAUAAAAUCAAAAAAAUAUUUAAAGGGUUGAUGUGAUGAGUUCUUAAAGAGACCCAGUUUUUGUUUGACAUGUGUAACAUUUUGAUAAAAUAAAAAGCAACAAUUUUUCUUCCCUUUCAGCACUGAGUUUCCUUUUAGGACCACAUCAUUAUUCACCAUAUUUUUGAUGAAAUGCUUCUCUCCACAGGAUUCCUGCAGGCGCCAUGAUCAUCGGCUUGCAGCUUCUGACAGGAGAAACCUUCAGAGAGCGGAGACAGCGAGAACGCAGAGAGCUUUAUGACCUCAAACUAGCAGAAUGGUCGGCCCGCCUGCAGCUGACCGAUGAGCUGAUCGACACUUUGAACGUCAGCGUUCAGCCAGAAGAAACCAAUAAGGACCUGGAGAAGAUCGAGGAGCUGCUCAGUUUAUCGCGCAAUGACAACAAAGACUCAAGCAGCCAAUCACAGUAGCUGAAUCACUUCCUGGUAUUUUCCACUCCAUGUGUCGGACAUGUUGUCAGUGAAAGGGUCAAAGGUUGCCCGGACUCUGGACUUGAAGAAUAAACAUGGAAAACUUGCUGUACAAUAUAAAAAGAACAUUAUGGUUUAAAAAUCCUUUCCAUCCACUGAUGUAAUUAAUCAUAGGAACGAAGAAACGCCCAACAAAAUACAAAAGUAAAUGAAUAUAUUUACUUUCCCAUCUUAAUAAAUUAUUUCUAAUACUGUCAGAAUCUUAUUUACUUGUAAAACAAAUAACAUUUUCUGGUCUCAAAUUUUGCUUGAAACUCUGGUUUUGCUUCAGAAAAUUUUUGUGUUUUCCUUCCACUCAACUUUCCUGUAGUAUAUUUGUAAAGUAUAGCAUCACCUUUUAGUAAUUUGCUGGCCUUGUGUGAGAUCAGUAAAAGUCAAAACUGAUCCUUCCUACAACUGUUGCAUGAGUUUUAUGAUCAAGAAUCCACUUGGGAAUAUAUUUGGAAUUUUUUGUUUAUUU